GGGCAAAGAAAUAGUAAGAAGACAUGAGGAAGCAAUAAAGUCCAACCUCGCAUUUUACGAAGAUCCGGAAACUGGUUAUAUAGUUUGGACAAAAGAAAAGCAUCUGCAGAGAAGAAAGUGCUGCGGGAGUGCUUGUAGACAUUGUCCAUAUGAUCAUCAGAACGUGAAGGACAAAGCCAAAAACGACAAGAAAUUCAAUGGAUAUUUCUAUGAAUAAUUCAAUUGCUAAACAACGUCACAGAAUUGUAAUCUUGUAUGGAAGUCAGACAGGAACUGCUCAAGAUGUUGCUGAGAAUAUUGGUGCCCAAAGUCGUGGGACACAUUUCGAGGCAUCUGUAAUGGAGCUUGAUGCAUAUUCUAUCCAAAACCUAAUAGAAGAGGAUUUUGUUUUAUUUGUCUGUUCUACAACAGGACAAGGUGAAACACCUGAUAAUAUGAAAAAAUUCUGGCGUUUCAUUAUGAGGAAAAAUCUUCCUAAUGAUAGUUUACAAAAGCUUAGCUAUGGAGUGCUUGGGCUCGGUGAUUCAUCUUAUGCAAAGUAUAAUUUUAUAGCAAAAAAACUUGACAGAAGAAUUCAACAAUUAGGUGGUAAGAAACUUGUUGAUAUUGGACUAGCUGAUGAUCAGCACGAGUGGGGUGCAGAUGCCACUGUUGACCCGUGGGUUACAGGAAUGUGGACAAGUUUGCUAGAGAUGUAUCCACUACCAACUGGGGUUCUCAAUCCAUUAGAAGGUUCAUUGCCGCCACCAAGAUUUGAAAUCUAUAAUGAUGAUGAGCUUUACUUAAUGGAGAAAAAAAUCAAAGUCACUGAUAAGGGCUCUUUUUGUCGCAAUAACCCAUUCCAAGCUGGAGUAAAAAGUAAUGUUCGUGUUACACCAGACAAUCAUUUCCAAAAUACAGUUCAUGUGGUAUUAGAUAUAUCUGGAUCUGACGGAAAACUUUCUUAUAAACCUGGAGAUGUUGUAAUGAUCAGACCAUCCAAUACAAAGGAAAAUGUAAAAAGAUUUUUAGAUACAUUUUCUCAUUUAAACCCAAAUAAAACAAUGUUGAUCACAUCAACUGAUGAUUCCAGUACUCUUCCUUUCUCUAUGAAUAAUCCAACUACAUUAGAAAAGCUUGCAACUCAAUAUCUUGAUUUCAUGUCUGUACCUAGACGAAGUUUCUUCCAAAUGUUGAAACAUUUUGCAUCCGAUGAGUUGGAAAAUGAAAAAUUAGUUGAAUUUUCAACCCCCGAGGGUACGGAUGAAAGAUAUAGUUAUGCAAACAGACCCAGAAGAAACAUAUUGGAAGUUUUUGAGGAUUUUCACAAGACUGUCAAAAAUAUUCCAUUAGAACGAUUGCUCGAGAUUAUUCCGAUGAUUCAGCCUAGAGCAUUUUCAAUUGCAUCGUCACCUACUAAACAUGUCAAUGAAAUUCACAUUCUCGUGGCAAUUGUCAAAUACAAAACCAUGCUUCAUAUCCCCCGACAAGGCUUAUGCUCUACUUGGUUGGCAACUUUGAACCAAGGUUCAAAGGUUCCAAUUUGGAUUAAAACGGGAGGUAUCAGUUUUCCUAAUGCAUCUAGCAAAGAUUCACAACCUAAUGGCACUUCCUGCAUCAUGAUUGGACCAGGCACAGGUGUAGCCCCAUUUCGAAGUGCAAUACAUGAACGAGUAUGCAAUGAAGAGAAAGGAAAUGUUCUCUUUUUUGGAUGUCGGAAUAAGGAUGCUGAUUUUUAUUUUCAAGAAGAGUGGAAUAGUUUGAUUCAAGAUAGAUGUCUGCAAUUAUUCACUGCAUUUUCAAGAGAUCAAGAUGAAAAAAUUUAUGUUCAGCACAGGAUAGCGGAACAUGGUCAAUUACUGUGGGAUAUUAUUAGUAAAUGCAAUGGAAAUAUCUAUGUAGCAGGGAAUUCAAAAAACAUGCCGGAUAGUGUCCGAGAUGCUUUCUUGAAGAUUUUUAAAGAAUUUGGAGAGAUGACCGAAAAAGAAUCAUUUGAAUUUUAUGAAACUAUGCAGAAAAAUAAAAAAUAUCAACAAGAAACUUGGUCUUGACACAUCUUAAUGCGUACUUUUAGCAAAUUAAUAAAUCAAUUUAAAAUAAUUUUAUCAUUUUUGCCUGUUUUUAUUGUGAACAACUGUCUGUGCACGAAGGUGUAAUAAUAUUAAAAAGCAUAUAGGGUACAUUAUUUGAUAGAUGCGUCCAUCCGACCAUUUAAAACCAGAUGUUUCUGUUGGGAAGUUAUUUGAAUAUAGCGAUCCGUUUUCCAUGAUGUUAAUGAUGCUUUUAGCAAAUUAAUAAAUCAUCUUAUGAUCAUUUU